AUGCCAAAAAACAAGAAUAAGGGACCAAAAAUGACUACCGUAGUCACCAAGACAGGUGAGUCUUUGAAAUUAUUCGAAGACUUGAACGAUUUUGAAAUGUUCAUCAGAAACGAAGUCGAAGAUGAUGAGUUCGAUAACAUUCAUUGCCAAUUGAAAUACUACCCACCAUUCGUCUUGCAAGAUGCAAAGGACCAUGAUCCUGAAAAGAUCAAAGACACUGAGAAUUGUCACUCCAAGAAAUUCGUCAGACAUUUGCAUCAACAUGUCGAAAAGCAUCUAUUGAAGGAUAUUAAGGAAGCCUUGCAACAACCAACUUUGAAGUUCCACGACAAGUCCAAGGACGCCACUUUUGAAAAAAUCACCUGGCAUUAUGGUGAGCAAACUGAAUUGCACAACAAGAAGUUUAAAGUACAAAUUGAUGUUAGUUGUAACAAUGAUGGUGCUAUGGUUGAUGUUGAUUACAAGACCGUUCCAAUUAAGGAAGAAUCUGAAGAAUAA